AAAUCCAUUAAAUCAAGCAUCCAUUUUUAACCUUUCGAGCUGUUGACCUCUUAGCCAUUCGUCCUUCGACCUUUCGUCUCUAUUCCAUGUUUUGAAUGAAUUGGAUACGCCUAGAGUACACAAUAAAAUUUAAACUGCGUAGCUCUUUCCACCCUUCUCACAAGUUACUCAAGAGUUGCAUAUUUAUGCAAAACAGUGCGCGUGCAAAUGACUGCCACCACCCGAUGACGACGGCCACACGGUGCGGACGACAUUUGAAGAGAUUUGGGCGUGAUGUCAGGCUACGAGCCCGCACAUCCACUUCCGAGAACGAGGCGAGCCAAUAAAUAACAAAAUAUCGCGCAGUUUGUUCUUGAAACACCACCCAUGCUCGCCUCACUAAGCCCGCGAUCAGUGAUAGUGUGCUGUUAGUGUUGUAAAUACGUUAGCUAGUGAGCCCCAUUCUAUACGAGAAGUGCCAUUGAGAAAAAUAUGUUUUGCUCGUGACUGGGCAAUUCGAGGCAAGAUUCAAGUGGUGGGAGCAAUCAGCUCCGUCCAAGUGCAAAAACAGUUAAAGUGAACAACUGCUAGCUGUGGAUCGUAGUCAAGCUGCAACACUGCACUUCAGGUUGGAAUCUGUGCGGGGCAUGAUCUAAAAUGAUCGUCGAAGGUCUUUAGGCGUUCGACUGCAACCCCCCGCACAUCACUGCACCACCGUGCAACACCGUGUGACACUCACCGAUAGGAGCCGAACAGCAAACGAGCGCGAUGGAGCUGCCAAAGGGAGCCAGAAUUACGCACGCCGGGCUGCUGCAGCACACUCCAGAUGGCAAAACGGAGAUCCAGAAGAUCACCCAAGCUGGUUUGGUGGCACGGUCCCCGGAAGGGACCGCCGCCAAGGGUAUGAACAUCCGAGGUAAUGAGGACCUUUGGGUUGAGAUUCAGGCGAAUACUUUUAAGAACUGGGUAAACGAGCAUGUGAGGGAGUCUGGAUUGCGGGUCAACGAUUUCCACGAGGAUUUCUGCGACGGCACAUUCCUGUGUGCCUUGGUGGAAAGUCUUCAGAAGCGUCCUCUGAAGCCCAACUGGAAUAAGCGACCCGCCAAUCAGCACCACUAUCUGGAGAAUGCUACCACGGCGCUGAAUGCCAUCGAAGCGGACGGAGUGAAACUAGUCAAUAUCGGAAACGUUGACAUUGUCAACGGGAAUGUCAAGCUGAUCCUGGGUCUGAUUUGGUCCCUGAUCGUGCGUUACCAGAUCGGAAGGAGUAAGUUCCCGCCGCGAAAGCUGAUGCUGGCGUGGUUGCAAGCAGCUUUGCCGGACUGCAAGGUGACGAACCUGACGACAGACUGGAACAGCGGAGUAUUGCUGUCGGCCUUAUUGGACUACUGCGAACCGGGGCUGUUUCCACAUUGGCGUACGCUGGAUGUUCACGAUUCGGUUCGGAACUGUGAACGAGCGAUGAAGAUCGCUUACGAUCGGUUUGGAAUACCGAAAGUGCUGGAGCCGGAAUAUUUGGCAUCCAGCUGGUUGGAUGAACUUUCUGGAAUGACGUACUUGUCGUACUUCAUGAAACCUGAUGGACCGGGCUACAACGCAACGAUGCGGUGGGUGAACAGUGCCGUCAAACGUCCGGUCAACAACUUCACGACCGACUUUAACGACGGAAAAGUGUUCUGUGAGAUCAUCAAGGAUCUCGGCGGUCCCGUACCGGAUCCGAACAAGUUGAGUUCCGACCCGAUGAUGUGGGAGAGCAAUCAGAACAAGGUCAUCGAAGGUGGGCUUAAGCUGGGAGUGAAACCAGUACUAGCUGCCAAGGAUAUGGCCACUGCGGAUGAAGAACAUCUCGGAAUCAUGGCUUAUACCACGUGGCUGCGGUGGGUAAUUCCAAGAGCUCCCCUGGCGGACAUGUUGGCAGUGCACCUGGAGAGUACAUCCGGAAGGAUUGGUGAGCAGACUAGAUUCCGAGUGGAGGUUCUUUCUCGGGAAAUUGACUUGAGCAGCGUUAAGGCAUACGUAACCACUCCCAACAGCAAUGCGUUGCAUCCGGUGAAGUUGAACUCCAGAGGUGAGGGUGCUUACAUUCCGGAUAAGUACGGUAUGCACGAAAUAGUGUUGGAGGUUGACGAUAAUCAAUUGGGUGGCCAUUUCUUCCGAGUGCUGCCUCGGCUGGUUACAGUACCUCCUCCAGGGAUGGCUCCUUGCGCUCUGGGAAGUUUGGUUGAGGUACUUGUAAACGCAACCGGUGCUCCGAAAUCUGAAGAUAUUCUGGUGACAGCAUACAGCCCAUCCGGAAGACCAUUGAAGUGUCCACUGAAGAAGAUCGAUCACGGACACAGUGCCAUAUUCAAACCGGACGAGGCCGGUGUUUGGGAGAUUGCCAUAACGUACCAGGGACGUCACAUCCAGGGUGGUCCAUUUACCUGCUCGGUAUUCGACCCCAGUGGUGUCUCGGUGCACGGAUUGGACGGUGCCAUGCCCUUGCGGGCUCACUCCUUCGAAGUGGAUGCCCGUGGAGUUGGAGUAAGCGGAGAACUGCACGUCGAUAUUGUGCACGAGAAACGCUCACUUGUUUGCUCAGUGGAGAAGUUGCAGGAGAACAAGUACCAAGUGACGUUCAUGCCAAGACAGAAUGGAAAACACCGAGUGUACAUCUACUUCAACGGAUAUGACGUGAAGGGAUCUCCGUACAUCAUGCGUGUCGGCAGUAAGGGACGUUCCGGCAAGACCCGGAGUAGUCCACAGCAUGAUAGCCGAAUGAGGUCCGAGAGUCCUUCUUAUCACUUCCACAGCUCAUCAUUGAACAGAAAGAGCGAAGUCAAACGAGACAUCUACUCUCCGCAAACAGUUCCAUUAUCAAAAGAGAUUUACAGCACUCGAUUAACUUCCCCGCUCCGAGAAAGUCCUUCACCUAAGGAUAUUCUCAACAGCAGCAGUUUCAAAACGGAAUACAAAAAUCUUGCAUCUGAAAACGAUCACAGCUUCAAAAAGAGUACUGAACUGCUGGCCAGCGAUUUCAAGACUCCCCCGAAGGACGAUGGCUUCAACUAUGUUAAAACAGUUCGUACAGAGAACCACGUUACCAAAACAAUCCGUCAGCAUCGUGACUCGGAAAGUCCCAUUCUGCUUCGUGCCAGCCCCGGACUGAAAAGUCCCCAAACCGUGUCUUCAACGAUCUACGAAUCCAACGCCCGUAACGCAACGGCUAGUCCGAAAUUCUACACUUCCACAACCCGUUACGUCCCGUCACCAGUAGAGCCACGCAUCGCCAGCCCAAUCAAUAUGCACGAGAAGAACGAAACGUACAAAGUUACCGAACGGGAAUCCACCUACAAAUCCACAAUCACGCGAGACGUCGCCCGUGACAGCCCAAUAGAGAUGUACAAGGUCACCUCCCCAUCCACGGUAGAUUACUCGUCCAACAUCAGGGUGACCUCCAACAACGGGCCAUCCCGUCGUGACAGCCGCGAUGUGAUCAGCAAAACAAAACACAUGUUUUCACAAAACUCCCUGGAAUCCCUGGCCAACCUAACCGAGAAGCAACUGAACACGGAUCUGACCUUCGACCGCACGGUUGACUCCCAAACGGAGAAGAAUACACACUUCAACAAGUUCUCGCUCGGUGAGAACAACUACCGCAGUGAUCGUAAACUGAUCGACGACGAAGGACUGUACCGCCCCGGAGGAUACCUGAAGAACUACAAGACGGAAUCGAGCGAGCGCUACGAGAAGUACACCACAUUGAACAGCGGAUUCGAACCGAUCGGUCGGGACGUUACCGGUGCUAGGGCCAUUCGGGUCCAGGACAUUCCCGACGGAGUACUUGGGCGGCCGGUGGAAUUUGAAAUUGACGGUUCCCAAGCCGGGUCCGGAAAUCUGGAAAUUUUGGUAAACGGUGGCCGUGUGACCUCAGCGGUGCGUGCCCUGGGAAACCAACGCUUCAUUGCUAGUUUUACGCCGCACGAAUCGGGAGUACACACGGUGCAGAUCACGUUCAACGAAGAAACCGUACCAGGUUCACCGUGGAAUAUCAACAUAAUGUCCUCACCGGGGCUGACGGCUCUCGGUGAAUCCACCCGGCUGGUGCCGGCCAAUGUGCCGGCGGUUUUUGAGGUGCUGCCGCCUCCUGGAGCUUCGAUCCGAGGCAGUGACUGCGUAGCGACCGUGCUUUCGCCCAGCAAGAGCAAGGUCAACGCGCGGGUCACCCACGAGGCGGCCAACGGUGCAGUGAGGAUUGAGUUCGUCCCGAACGAAGUCGGAACGCACAUCAUUGAGGCCUCGAUUGGCGGCACUACGCUCGUUGGAGGACCACUGAUUGCCAAGGUGUAUGAUUCGAGCUUGAUACAGGUUACGGAUGUUAACGGCGGAGUGGUGGGUCAGCCGUGCCAGUUCAGGGUGGACGCCAGUGCGGCCGGCGAAGGCCAACUGGAAAUUUCGAUCAACGAAGGCGAAGUCCCAAAUCAUGUACAAGUCGUUGGUGGCGGUAGAUGUCUGGUAUCGUUCACUCCGGAGCAAGCAAAGCCACAUUUGAUCGAUAUCAAAUUCAAUGGAGAGACCGUUAUUGGAUGUCCAUUUGUAUGCUCCGUAGCCGAUACCAGUCGAGUGCUGCUCAACCUGUCAAACUUGGAAUUGAUUCCGGUGAACAGACCAGCUUCGUUCCACAUCACCGUGAGUGGUGGAGGAGCCGCUGAACUGGCUGUCAGUGUACGCGGUCCACAGGGAGAGCUACCGGUAAGAGUGACCGGUGAUAUCCACUCAGGAUUCACGGCUGAAUUCACUCCGAACAAUGUCGGAGCUCACACAAUCAACGUCGAGUACAACGGUUACCCAGUGCAGGGAACUCCUUUCGUUGCCAAGUCUUAUGACGCGACGAAGGUCGGAGUUGGAUCCGUAUCCAAAGGUACCGUAGGUAGACCCGUACAGUUCACCGUAGACGCCGGAGACGCCGGCGAAGGAAAUCUGGAGAUCACCAUCUCCGCCAAAGGCCAUAACAUUCCCACCCAGGUGCAUCCGCAAGGAAAUGCCAAAUUCGCUGUGUCGUUUGUCCCCGCCGAGCCAUGUGAGCACAUUAUCAACGUAUCGUUCAACAAAAUGCUUGUUCCCGGGUGCCCCAUCACGGUGAUCAUCAACGGUGGCACGACGGGACCGCAGGUGUCCCUCGGUGGACCCGGUCCGCUGCAUUUGCCGAAUUCGCUCAUCAUCAACCACGCCGGAGGCCGACUGGAGGACAUCGAAGUCAAUGUCGAAGGACCAUCGGGACACUCGGUACCGGCGCAGGUUCUGCAAACGGCCGAUGGCGUGUUCAAGGCAGAGUUCGUGCCGCGGGUCGUCGGCGAACACCGGGUCAGCGUUUCCGUCGAGGGUCAACCGACCGUGGGCAGCCCGUAUUCGGCGAAGGUCUACGACGUUACGGCGAUCAAGGUCAAGAACGUCAACAAUGGAACCGUGGGGAAGCCGGUCGUCUUCUUGGUUGAAACAUCCCAAGCAGGACCGGGAAAUCUGGAGGUGACGGUGAACGGUGGACGAGUUCCAACUUCGGCUCAAGCUCAAGGUCAGCAUACGUACGCGAUCAGUUUCACUCCGCGGGAAGCUCAGAACCACACCGUCGAGUUGCGCUUCAAUGGGCAGGAUGUACCGGGAAGUCCUUUCACGUGCAAGGUAUCUCCGGCAGCGCGUAUCGUCACCAGUGAUCUGAUGGACAAGGUAAGUGUGGGACAUGUGUUCGAUUUUCUGGUUGAGUCGGACAUAUCUCCGGUCGUGGAAGUUCUUGGUCCUGCCCGACGUGCAGUUCGUGCCGACGUGAUUCCAGUUCCCGGUGCUUAUCGGGUGAAGUUUGAACCCAUCGAGGUUGGUGAUCAUUCGGUUGAAGUUCGCUUGCCAGGCAGUGGUCACGUGGAAGGAAGUCCGUUCUUGUUGAAGGCUUACUCGGCAGAAAAAGUGGUCGUGACGGACAUCAGACCUGGAGUCGUUGGAAAGAGUGUCAGCUUCGGGAUCAAUGCAAGCCAAGCUGGAGCUGGAAACUUGGAGAUCAUUGUCGCGGUUGGAGGAAAGAAUGUACCGAACUUUGUCCAGUCGGAAGGUAACGCGAGAUUCAAGGUAAACUUCAAACCCACCGAGGCCGCAACGCAUUCGUUGUCGGUCAGAUUCAAUGGAUAUCCAGUUCCUGGAUCGCCGUUUGCUUGUCAUGUUACACAUGCUCCAGUGUCGCUGUCGAAGGCGAUCGCUACCGGAGAAUGUCUGCGACAAGCUCCGGUCAAAUGCGAGAACAUCUUUGAGCUGGAAGGCUUCGACGGCAUAGAUCCUCAAGUGUUGAUCACUUCUCCGUCUGGUGAUACGGUUUCAAGCAGAGUAUCUUUCCGAGAUGACAUUCACUUCGUCUCUUUCGUGCCGACUUCGGUCGGUAGACAUUUGAUCAGCGUCACAGCCAAUGAUCAACACAUCAAUGGAUCGCCGUUUUCUUGCAAUGUAUUCGACGUUUCUCGAGUUGCUAUCAGCGGACUUGAUCAUCAUAACACUUUGGCUUCAUUGGGAGUUCCACUUACCUUCAGUGUUGAUGCUGCCGGAGCAGGCGAAGGAACUCUUGAACUGGUUGUGUCAACUGCAACCAGCACCGUGAAGGCAGAAGUAACUGCUUGUGCAAGAGGAUUGUACGACGUUACCUUUGUACCGCAAACCUGCGAGCCCCACUUUGUCAACAUCACAUUCAACGAUCUUCCAGUUGAUGGAAGUCCCUUCCGCUGCGAGGUUCAGCAAAAUACACAAAACGUCCAGGUUGGAAAUAGUACUUUCAUCGAGUUGGUCGGUGAAGACCAGACCGUGGAGAUCUACGACCCAGAGAACAAGAUGGUUCCGUUCACUCUAUCCAGGAAGUCUGCCGAGUUCAAAGCCACCAAAAUCGGAAGCUACAUCGUCCGUUACGUCGACCAGGAAACCCGUUCUUUCAUCGCCGCAAGGACGAUCAAUGUGUUCGAUCCUUCGAUGGUGAAGAUCGUAGAGGUCGGGGAAGCUUACUGCCAUAAACCGGCAUCCCUGGCGGUGUCGAUCUUGGAUGCUGGACAGGGUACGCUUACUUCGGUGGUUCGUUGCGGAGGCCUUGAAGUACCACACUCGAUCCGAGGACCCACCAAGAACGGAACUUGGGAGAUUGUGUACCAUCCAACGCGAGUUGCUCCCCACAAGAUUAUGAUCCUGUACAACCAGGUUCCGAUCGCUAGCAAACCGAUCGAGAUUAAUGUGUUGGCUCCAGCUAUGAGCAAGGAGAUUACCGUCAACGGGCUGGGACUGUACCAGGCCCGUGUCACCAAAACCACCUCGUUUGCCAUCGAUACCGUUGGUCAUCCGGCACGGGAGUUUGACGUGGUCGUUUCUGGCCCGGGAGGUCAAGCUCUGCCGGUGCGCUGCUACCAGACCAAGGGAGGCCAUCUGCAGGCGGAGUUCACAGUGCAGAAGGUUGGGCAAUGCUUGAUUGACGUUCUCCAUCAAUCGAAACCUUUGCCGGGAAGUCCGUACACCUGUGAGUCGUACGAUCCGUCCAAGAUCCACCUGCAGAAAGUGCCCAAGAUGAACCUCUGCACAAACUCACCGAUCACCUGGAAUGUGGAAUCCGAAGCGGCUGGUGUUGCAGAAAUCGAAGUCACCGUUCUGUCGCCGACCGGACAAAACGUCCCCGUCCAGUUGACCCAACAGGAAGACUACGUCCAUCAGGUUGAAUUCUUGCCACUGACUGCCGGUCACUACAAGGCCACCGUCAUGUACGGAGGAGAGAGCGUGCCGGGCUCGCCGAUUACCUUUGCCGUCCAAGCCGUCGGCGGCAAAACCGAUAGCCAUGCGUCCGGAAAUGGCUUGGAAGUGGCACACCGUGGCAAGGAGACCUCGUUUGUGGUGUUCUGCCCAACGAUGCCGAACGUGCAGAUCGAGCGAUGCGACGAACAAGCGGAACGAAUCGAACCGAAGAUCAAGAACUUGGGUAACAACGAGUGGAAGAUAUUCUACACUAUUUUGACGGUUGGAGAGUACGAGAUCAGAGCCAGCUGUACCAACCGAGGUCCUUUGCCAGGGUCGCCGUGGACUAUUGCUUGCCUGGAUCCAGCUAAGGUUACUCCGAUUGGAGGCUGGGGAAGUCUGCUGGAUAAUAAUGGUAAGCUACUCUUGCCGGCAAAGAUUGCAUUCGACACCAGUAUGGCGGGACCAGGUGAGCUGACCUGCUACGUAGACAGUACCGAGGUGAACGUUGAAAAGCAAAGCAAUGGACGAUGCAUACUCUACUUAUCCGACGAAGAAUUGUCUAAGGGAGAACAUAGCUUUGACCUAACUUGGUCUGGACUACCCAUCUCCCAGAGUCCUGGAUACGUAUUCGUCACAGGUAAUUCGUCCGCUGCCGACAAAGUCGUGCUCACGGGUAGGGGUCUCACGUCUGCGCAAGUGGGUGAGAUAUCCCAUUUUACAAUCGAUGCUUCGGAGGCAUUAUCCGGCAAACCUGAAGUACACAUGGAAUUCGAGGAUGGUGAAAACCUACCAGUAACUCUCCUGCAGCCAAGACCGAACGAGUUGAUCUGGCUAGCAUCGUACAAUCCUCACAAGUCCACCGGAGGACCCCUGAGUCUCUCCGUCGAAUGGAACGGCCGACUCAUCAAGGGAUGUCCUCUGACCAUCUCCGUGGGCCCGGCUGUAGAUGCAGCGAAGGUCCUCUGUUCCGGUGAAGGUCUUCGAAACGGCGUUGUUGGACGGGACAUAAAAUCCUGGAUAGACACGAGACGUGCAGGCCCCGGAGAGCUGACCGCUCACUGUGCUGGCCCGAGGAAAGUCGCUUACUGUGAACUGUACGACCACGGAGAUGCCACGUUUACGUUGAACGUCAAACCUCAGGAACCGGGACGGCACACACUGACGAUCAAGUACGGAGGUCAGCAUGUUCCUGGAUCGCCAUUCACGCUACGAGUUGCAGGAGCUCCCGACGCCAGUAAGGUUCGCGUCUACGGCCCUGGAAUCGAACACGGUGUGCUGGCGACGUUCCAAUCGAGGUUCAUCGUUGAUACCCGAGGUGCCGGAGCAGGUCAGCUGACAGUGCGGGUACGUGGUCCCAAGGGUGCGUUCAGAGUCGAGAUGCAACGCGAAAGCCAGAAGGAUAGAACCAUUCUCUGCAAGUACGAUCCAACGGAACCGGGCGACUAUCGGGUGGAGGUCAAGUGGGCUGGCGAGUUGGUGCCAGGGUCACCGUUCCCAGUGUUGAUCUUCGACACGCAGGAGGAGCUCAAACGAUUCUUGCACGGCAAUUAGCAUCACCCUUCUGAGUAUUGUUUAUUUGAUUAAGCCAAGUUUACCUAACACGUAAGAUGUUGACUAAUUUAUGCUAAUUAAAAACAGAGAAAGUUUACAAAUGCGUUACAAAAUUAUAACGAAUAACAAAAGAAAAGAUCAUUCUAUAUUUACAUGUUUUGUUGGAAAACUUUCAUUUGAGAAACAGUGACCCGAUUUGAAUUACUGUAUUUAUAACGUGGUAACGAAUAAAACGUUCGAAUAAUAAAAUCAC